AGUAGAAGGCUAUUAGAAAAACCCAUAGUAGCAAAACAAAUGUCCUUUAGGUUAGCAAAUAGCAAAAAACUAGUUGCUUUUAACAUGGCAAUCUGUUUAAAAAUGAAAAAAAAUAAAUUCAUUUCACAGCAAUUAUUUUUUACAUCUUCCUCCCAUUUCAAGAUACACUAAAUUUGCCAUCUCCUACUUUAUUGUGUAUUUGGUGAUUCCAGAGUCUUUUUUAACUCCUGUACUUAGUAUCAGUCUACUAGAAGGAUGUAUUUGAGGUUUGAAUGGGAAAAAUGAUGCUUCCCAAGAGAUGGGAAACAUAUAGGGCCUCCAUCAACAAAAUGGUGAAGAGAUGGGAUUUAGGAAUAAAAUUCAGAGGAAAUUUUAACCAAGUCUUUCCCUUCUGUCAGCAACAUGUGAAAAAUUCUCAUUUCUGUUAACACCUUUUAGAGACAGCAGCUACUUGCUGCUCUCACCAUUUGCAUUGAAAAGAGAUGCAUACAGAGAUGCUGUAGAUUACCCAGGAAGGGGAGCACCAUCCAGUGAGUGCUACCAUUCCUCCAGCUUGUAUUCAGACGUGGCAGAUCAUGAGCCUUGUCCUUAGUUAACCUUAGAGAUUUCUUCAUUAACAGCUGGCCUUAAUUUAUAAUGUCUUUAGGAAUCACACAUUUUUUCCUUAAUGGGGACUGUACCAUGCAGUUUGCCAUUUGGUUCUGGACUUUGGAGAACUGACUGCAGGUUUUGGCGUUCAAAAUCCUAAGAAAUACAGGAGGGCUGAUAUAGCACUUGUACAGCUGGGAGUUUUGCUUUGUGCUGCUUCAGCAACAAGGAGCAGGACUGUCUGACCUGGCAACGUUUCUGUCCUUUUCUUUUUUUUCAUUUUGCCAUUCAAGUGCUUUCCCCCUAGAAUUCAAGGAAACUCAUAUUUUGUUUUUUCUGAUGAUGUGUCAAAUCCUUUUACAGUAGUGUGGAUGUUGGCUGAACCUUCUGCAGGUUCAGUCUGUAGUGGCUAAACUGAAUGGAGCCAAGGAGUUCUCUAUUAUAAGUCAAGGGUCAGGUUGUAUAUGGAGCAAAAUACAUCUAUAGUGACAGGAAGCAGAGUUUUCCCUAUGUUUGAAAUAAACAAUAGCAGGACCAAAUUCUAGUUAUUGGUGAUAGGAAGAUCUUUUUGUUCUGUGAGAUUUCUGUUUCCUGUGACUCUCUAUAAGGUACAUCUCCUUCAUGUUUGCUGGCAUUAUUUGUGUUUUCUAAAUGUGUGAUACAGCACAUUCUUAAAAAUAACUGUCAACUUUGUAUUUGUUUUCAAGAAAGUGCUGAUACUAAAUAAAGUACUAAUUUUGGAUUGCAACAACAGACAUUAAAGAGGCACACUCAGCAAGAAAUCCAUCAUGACUGGUUUUGAAUUUAGUGUCAUAGGUUAACUGAAGAUAGCAUGAGUUGAUAAAUUUAAUGUCCUUUGAAUCUGUGAAUGUCUUUAAAAAGAUGUUCUAAGCAUUAAUAUUUUUAAGCUGCUUAGCACACAUUGAAACUGCUUAUUUUACUUCACUAUCCUAGUAUGAAUAUAUUCACAAGAUGGUUCAUCAAAGCAGUGUAUUUUAAGGGCCAUAUGUUUAUAAAAUACUAAAAGUACCAGGAUAGUUAAAUUUUGGCUGGUGACUGUUCACAGGAGGUCCAAGCAGGGUCUGUGAAAUAAGCCUAGAGCCUUAUGAGUCUUCUAGCAGAAGACAGUACAUGAAAGUAUUAAGAAAGUAUUUCUUGAAGUUGUUAAUUGCUCUGAAUAAAUCAACAAUUAUUUAUUACAAUAAAGAUAAUUUCUUGGAAAUACCAGGAGUGCAUUAGAAAUACACAGCAUUCUAAUGAGGUGUUGAAUAGGCUCUUCAUUUAUGUGGCAUUUUACAGUGUACUGAUUCAAAGAACAGAUCAGAAUUUCAGAUGAUUAUUAUGAAUACGUUUAUACUGCAAUAGUCACUUGAAAAUCACUCUUCUGCCAUAAAAAUUAGUUUCUGGUAAAUUAAUUUGUUUAACAUCCUUGGAAGGUGCCAAAUUAGUUAUGUUUACUUCAAUCAUCUGUAAAUAUGUGCUGUUGUAUUCCAUUGCAAUUACAUGACAAAUUCGCAGUGCUGGCUCAGUGUUUCCGAGCCGCGCGAAGCUCCGUGUCCUGAUUCAGGUACACGGUGUAUCAGGCUGCCUGCUGAGGAGGGCAGCUGGAGCACAGAGCAAGAGCUGAGCCUGAAAGACCAUUUUUCUGCUUGCCUCAGUUUGGGAUUCAAACCCAAGCCUGCGACUGCAUCUGCAGUUAAGGGACAGCUUGUGGAAAUGUGCACAUCCUCCUUUUCAUCUCCUGUUGCAACUGUUAAUAUUGCUGUGAUAGUUGAUGUGGGGUGACGCCCAAGGACUGAGUGCAGCUUUCCCGAAGUUCCUCACCCAUGAGCUGCAGCCUUCCUUCCAGGACCCAUGGGGUGGGGGAAAGAGAGAUUCCCACUCGCCCCUCUCUUUUUUUUGCUUUUCUUCUCUCUGUUUUCUCUCUGACUGUAAGGUUUGACCAGUACUGAAGUUCUAAGUGGCAGUAUUUUUGUUAGCAGCAGGAAUGUCUACAAGCUGCUUGCUCCAGCACAGGUGAGGACUAAUGAAGAAGAUGAGAAUGUUCAUCAGCAGUGUAACAAGUCAGAGGAAAGAGCCUUGCCUCCCUGUGCCUGGUCUGGCUGCAGCAUUUGCUUGAAGCAGGAGUUAAUUUGACCACGUACAUUCCUUUUCUUUUUCCUUCAGUUCUAGUCUAGGCUUGCAAAAUACAAGUUAUUCCAAUAUAAGUUAAGAAAGGGACUAACAUCUAACAGAGUUUAAGUUUUUGCUGAGAAAUAAUAGUUAUAAGCAGGACAUUCUGGAACCAUAAGGGCCCCUGUAUAUCCCCACAAAAUAUCCAGAAUGCAAGAAGAUUUUUCCAUAUUCAUUAACAUUGAACCCCUUCCAUGACUAUGAUAUUAAUUUUAUAUAAAACAUUUUUAAGUAAUAAUGGAUGUGAAGGGGAUUUCCGUUUCCUCCUUUUUACAAGGGUACUUCCACAGAUUUCAAACACUCAUUAAACAAUGUCUGCUCUAAUACAUCUAAUACAUCAGAUGCAAUUGCUGAACAGAUGUGAUUGCUGUAGUAAAAGUUUGUUAGAGAUUUUUUACACAAAACCUGUGAGCCUCUGGGUUCAUUGCUGAAUGAUCUGCCAAUUACAAGGAUGGUUUCUUGCAUUUUUAUACCUUCAUUUGCAAUUCUUAUUUAAUGACAGUAAGGAUUCUUUUAGCAAAACAUUUAAGCAUAUAUGAGGCUUCUUUUAUGUAGUUAACUGGAACUAAUACCCUCUACUGAUGUUAUGUAUAUACUUCAGUAUUUUGCACAACUAAUAAUCAGAAAUACAUACCUGUGAAGUAACAUCUAAUUUUUUUUUCAGUUUUGAGAUUUGUGAUGUUCUGAGAGCCUGCACUGAACUUAGUAUCGAGAGUAUUUUUUAAAUCCUAUCUUGUUUUGUUUCGUUUCACAAAUACUACGUUUUCUCAAUUUUUUUUCUUUUUCUUUUCCUUUAUUCUCCUGGAGUUUGUUUCAGUUUCGAUAUAACAGAAAAAUUUUUCUGAGUACUAAGUAGGUGGGGACAUUCCAAGAGAUAACUGAAAGAAAGAAUAGUAGGAAAUCUUAAUUAAUUGUACUGAUUUUGUACAAAUGAAGUAACUGAGUAACACAGAAGGAACUAGGUGGGAAAAGAACAAUAGUGUGAGCACACAAUAUGAAGUAUUUGGAACAAGCAAGGAGUUUGAGAAUUUAGCUAGUAUUGGAAGUCAUAGAACAUGCAAAGAGGUUAAAUGCCUGCAAAUAUGCCUGCUAUAAAAUAUCUUACAGUUCUGUUACUUUUAAUUAUCAUGGCAUCUGCAGACUACAUUCAGUAGUGCCUGGAAGAAUUAAUGGCUUGUGAAAGCGUAGUCACUUGAGUGAUCUUGCUAACUUUUUCCAGGUGCUGGUGAGGAAAUGUUUGCAAAGGCAUUAGAGGGGUGUUCAGCAUACUGAAUGAGAGAUUGGCUGUAAUUCAAAGUGUAAGAAACUGACUUUUGGAAAGGCAUAUUGGAAGGGAAAUGAGAACAUUUAUCAUGUGAUUUUGAGAGGACUGGAAAAAGUCCCAAGAGCAAUUAUGGUGAUAGGAAAUGUGAGACCUGUCAGUGUAGGAGUCUUUAUAGAAAAUAAAAGCAGUUUUGAAGUUACCCUCUGAUUGAUUGGGAAGACAAAAUAAAUAUGUAAAGGAAAAGUGGGUGUGCUGAAGCUAGUAUAUGAAGGUGUAGGUGAUUUCAUAAUUAAGAAGAAAGAUAGUCAAACUGACCUACUGAAAGUAAGAUGAAAAACUAAUUACCAGAAAGAAGAAUUUCAAAAUAACUCCUAAUUUACUGAUAGCUGAAAAGAAGUAGAAAGAGGAGAGUGCAGGUACUUAAGAGAUGAUACUGCUAGAAAGGUUCAGAAGUUUUAUAUCCUGCUGUGACUUUAAAUGCUAGCACUUGUAAUUGUUCUACCACAGGAGAAUAGUCAGUGUUUUGUAUUUUACAUAGUUGUAAAGACAGAAUGUCAGAACAAGUUACCUUAUUCAGCUCAUUGUCAUCAUUGUUCUAGGUUAUUGUUGUUUGCAUGGACAAAAGUGCCCAACAGUUGCAGAGAACCAGAGGAUGCUGGGCCCAUAAUAACCAAGAAGGAAGUAUAGACAUGUGAUAGUAAAGGAGGAAAUAUUUUAAGUUCCUUUGAGUCUGAGAACAGUUUUGUCUAUCUGGAGAUCUAGAUGCUUGUGAGAGUAUUGUGCAGAGUGCUUUGCACAGCUGGGCUUCCCCAGUUUUGACCUCACCAAAGUAACUUGGGGCAUUUGCCAUUGCAGUACUGCAAAACUUCUUGGCAGAGGGGGAACUUCCCAAUGAUGUAUUUCUCUUUGGAGCUAUCUUCUCAUAAGGUACAGGGUUUUUACAUUUGUGCUCAUUAGAUAUUUAUACUGUGACUACCUAUUCUGCACUGCAUCAAAGGAGACCAGUGACAUACUUGGAGGGCAUUUGCACAACAUCAGACUGGCCAAAAGUAGAAGAAGAAAAGGAAAUUAUUGUACAUAAAAUUAUGUAUGUUGUAAACAUGUUAAAAGGCAGGCUCUUAUUUUUGUCAUUGUAUAACAUAUCCUAUUGUUCAUGGGACAUCUAGCUGGCAAUGACUGGUACCACAACUAGUUGCAGCAGAAGAGUCUAAUGUGAGCAAAGUUUUGCUUCAUAGCCUAGGUUCAUCUGAGUUUGAACAUGGAGAUAAUAGUAAUCACAGAAUCAUUAGGGUUGGAAAAUAUCUCCAAGAUGAAAUCUAACCUUUGAAUAUUCUGAUGCUUUUGAAACCUCCUGAGCAUAUACUUUUGUGUAUUUAUUGUAAUCUUUUUAUGGUAAAAAAUAUAAAGUUAUCUGAUAUUAAACAGGCCAAAUUUCAGUACUUUUUCCCUGUUGUAACUACAAGUGUUACAUCACACAAAAUUGCCCACAGUUGGGAAUCACUGUUGAAUCUAAAUUCUGCAUGAGGUUUUCCUCUCCAUAGUCCAACUGUUGGAGCCCGGAGGAUCCUGUGCUGUGGAGGAGCUCCCAGCAGGCACUGCUGGUUCCUUGGCUUUGGGCACCUGGGUUCUCCACAGGUGCUGGGCUGUUAUCUGUGAGUCCCUCCUCAUCCAAUCUUCAUUAAUCUCAGAUUUAUUAUUUUAUAAGAUGGCCUGUAGCAGAAGAGUUCUUUAUCAGGCCCAUUUCUAAAAAAUAAGUGCUUUCUUUGUGUAACCGAAGGACUCCACAGGUGUGCUGUUCCACAGUCUGCUCAGGGGUGUAAUUUACCUUGAGCUGUCUGGAAUUUAGGUUCACUUAGUAUUGCAAAACAUGGGAACUGCUGUCAAGGGAAAUUGCUGUGAGGAUCUUGGUCUUGCUUGGUGUUCUUUCCCUGUAGAAGUGGUUGUGGGUGUAGGAAAUGGGACAAAAUGGGUGUUACUUCUCAUGUAAAAAAGUUUAGAAGCUGGGUAUGGCCUGGAGCUGUUUUUUUCUGUAGCACUGUUAUUAUGUCUUCUUUUUUUAGUCUGUAAUCUCAAAGCAUUUCCUCACAAUCAUGAGGAUAUUACAGCAAUUCCUAUUAGUAACAGGAUUUAAAAACCUUCUCCUCCCUUGCAGCUUAUUCAGAGGAUAAUAGAUGUACUGAAUUCAAUUUGUGUGUUUAUAUUGUACCUAGGCCAACAUGCUUGAUGUAGAUCACCAAAACAUGAAAGACAACUGCCACUGGUUAAUUUAUUGGUGUUUUCUACCCACAUCUCUGGAGCACCUCAACUUUAUUAACUUUGAUUUCCUAAGUUAAGCACCUGGAUUUUUAGAGUAAUGAACAUUCCUUACUACUUUAAUUAAGGAAAUGACAGUGUUCGGGAACUUUAAUUGUGGCUAAAUGAGACAAAGUGCAGGUACAAAGAGUCUCCUUUAUAGUCCAACCCCUAACUUGUUACCACAAUCUAUUUAUCUCUUCUCAUAUAGAAACAGGUUUCCUGGGGGGAAAAAACAUAUGUGGGAGCAUACAAACAUACAAACUUCAAUUAUCUUCUUUCCCAUUUUAUAGCAUGUGGAUUUGCAACCUUAAUAGCAGUUUUAACUAAAAUAUCUCAUUGCAUAAAUUCCUUCGUAGCAUGUCAUACUGACAGAGUCUGGGAAUGCAGCUCCAGCACACCAGCCAUGCUGUUGAGAUGCAAUGUAGGUGCAUUUAGGAUUUUCCUGGUCACGUGCAAGCAAGAGCUGAGACAGGUUUAUUUGCUCUGAAGGAUUGAUGGAGGGUGUGUAUGGUAUAUACACCAUACUUGGAUAAUAAUUCCAUUUGGAAAUAACUGAAGUUUUUCGUAAAAAAAAAUUAAAAGUAAAAAUUCACAGAGUUGUGAGUGUUUUAAGGAACAUCUUAAAAUAAGGAAUGCCAAUUAUAUGUUUUUGGAUGCAGGAUAUUAAAAAUUAUGUUGUAAGGGUAGCAUUUAUACCAUGAUAUCUACUGGGGACUUUGCUAUGACCAGUCUGUGUUUCAUGAAAUUUGCUAAAAUACUGGUGAAAUAGUUUUAAACUCCAACAAGGUUGAAUGAGCAAGAACUGUAAAACACAUUUUCAGCUGUAUUUGUAAAAUAUGGAUGUACACAGGCAUGUGUGUAGUAAGUGUGUGUAGUAAAUGGUCAUGAUUCAAAGUUUAACAGAAAAAAAUCAAAAAUAUCAAAAGGGACAUCAAGUAUUUUCAGAUUUUAUCUAGGUCGUGAUUCUGUAGUGAUUGUUAAGGAUGUUGGUAAUAUGGAAAAUUCACACAAUCAAGUGGUGUUAAGAGUGCAGACAAUUUCAAAAUAAUCUAAAUUGCCAGAAGUUACCUCAAAGCCAAAAAGCCUUUAUAGGAAAAAUACAGUAACUCCCAUCCAAGCUCUUCAUCUCAUGAACUGUAGAGAUAAGGAGUGAGGACUGGUGAGGCUCUGUAUUUUCUGAUAAAUUUCUUUUUUUUUUUAAUUUUUUUUUUUUAGGAAGUGUGGAGGUCCGAAACUCGGAUCAGUGCGGUGAUGCAGGAGUGCAGGUCUAAGUGGAUUUCAUGCUGUUGCAACCUGCACUUUGAAAACUAUUUCCUGACAUGUCAGGAAAAAAAACAAUAUGCUAAGCAAAUUAAGUGAUUCUUGAGGAAUUCUUAUUUCACAUCUUUAUUUAAGAAUGCAUAUUUUACAAGAAAAAAAAAAAUCUGAGGUAAUUUGAAAGUCUUCUAAGAUCUUUGGCAUGACCUGGAAGGGCAGUACUUCCUAAACAUCUAUUCUCCAGGUUUCUUAGAAACCUGAUUCAGUCUCUUUUUAUCCAAGAGAGAAAAUGGGCUAGAACAGAGAUAUGCCUUGGAAGGGACCCUGAGAAGGAUUUUGUUUAAUCAAAUGAUGUCAAUACAGAUUUGACUAUGUAAUUUUUUUUUGUUUCUACAUAUAGCUAUUGAUGUGGGAGUUUCUAAGAAAGUGUUUUGAUCAAUAGUCAUCUUCACUAGAACAAGUUUGGAAGUACAAAGCACUUCCAUUUUAUUAACAGUAUUUGAUCUGUGACUAAUUGCUUUUAUCCUGUGAAGCUGUGUUUCUGUAAAUGUAUCUUUAUGGUUUUAAUGAGUGUUUUUAAAGUCUAUAACUAACCCUAUAGCUGUACGAACAAAUUCUUCAAGAACUAGAAGAUGAGUUUAGUUCAGUGGUUGAAUUUUCCUUUUUUUUGGUGUACUUUUAAGGCUUUUAAUUAUUUCUGUAGGAUCUCAGAAACAUGAGGUAUCCCACAGGGAAAUGAGAAGACAGGUUCUUAUCUCGAGAAAGCUGACACCAGGCUCUAGUUUGGCAGUGGUCAGUAACAGUGGUCAGUUUGGACAGACUUCACAGCUGGAUGAAAGUUUAAUUUCAGUGACAGAUUUACAAACAGGAUGUAGGGACUGUAAUGAGAUGAGCUGCAUUGAAGCAAAUCUUUUAGCAUUUAGCAUCAGUAGCUAGGUUUUAAAAAACAGGAAACCGUUUCAGGGUGGAGACUGCAGAAGCACCUAAUGUUCUUUAACAUAAUUGUGUGAAUGCCUGUGUUUCUGUAACCACGGGUUUCUGUACAUAGUUGGGGUUUAUUAUUUCAGAUGGAAGGCCCUCCCUCUCUUUGCUCCCUAAAAGGCUGCAUGUAAAAAAAUUUAGAGGGGAACUUCCACUGACCUAUUACAUUGUGCUGUUUCUUCCUAGCAAAGGCUGCUUUUCUCGGCAGUCAUUCAUAAUUUUGAAGUCCUUCCAAAGGAAGACAAGGCUCUUUGAAUUGGUCCAAAAGCAGGAAAAUUCAAUGGCUACUGCUAAUCCUUGCCAAUGAUUUUCUGAAGUUAUUGCAAAUUAUGAACUUUCAAUCCCUGAUUGGUGGCACAAUUUACAGGCCCCUCAUUAGGAAAGACUCAUGGAUGUUUGUAUGGCCAAAUAAUUCUGGUCACACAUUUCUCCAUAGAGAAGCAAAUAAGAAAUUUUAGUGACUCUCAAGUGCCUUGAUCCCCCUACCAAAUUUUUUUUUUGGAUGCUUUACUACAUAACAAUGGUGAUAGACAUUUAUAAAUAUAUGACUAGAAUAUAAACUAAAAGACCCCAACUAUAAUAAUAUAAUCCAAAAUAGAAUGUUUUACACAAAGAAAAAAGUCAGCUAGAAUGUUGGAAGCAAUUGGAUACCUGCAUCAGGGAGAUAAAUUCUGUAUUGUGUUGGAGAACACAUGACAGUUACAUCAAAAUCAAAAGAAGAGAUGGGUGAAUAUUUAUUGGUUUUCAAUUAAAAAUAUUUUUCAACCAUUUUUAAAUAAAACUGAAAUUGAGAAUGACUUCCAUAAUUGUUUGUAUACGGAUUUUAUGUGCCCUGUAGGGAAUACAGUACUUUUGAAGAUUGAUGUAAUUCAGCAUAUAGUUACAUUAGUUCAACAUUUGGGUUGCCUAGAAGGAUUCCAAUACAGAGGAAUACAGAGGCAUUUUCUCUCCUUUUGCUACUACAGAUAAGUCUUAAACUUUCCUGUGUAGUUCAUUUACAGAGUUUUCAAUUUCCUCGGAGCUUAUUAGACAAGUCAAAUGACAGUUUCCAUCAGAAAGAGUAGUCCUUGGCCUCUACUUGUAUGCAUGCAAAUAACUUGGUGAUAUUGGCAUUCACCCACAAACUGAGAAAAACAUUUUUAAAUUAACUGAGAUUUAAAUAUAUCUGAGAUGAUUUAAGUUAUAAAUUCCCCGUUGUGUGGAGAAUAGGACUAAUAAAUUAAUUGUCAACAUCAGUCUUAAUCCUGAUAAAAUAGGUGCAGAUAUAGCAUUUUUGUGGCACCAGGAAACAAAUUUGUGUUUAUAUACCUUUUAUGAAGGUAGCACACAAAAGACAUUUUCAAGAGCAAUCUGCAGUAUAUAACAUAAAUCACUAAACAAACCUUAAAUUCCUUUUUUAAAAAAUUGUCUUUUUAUCUGCCUUUCUAUAACCUAUUUCAAUUAAAGGUCAAAUGUAAAAGUCACAGACUAAAUACAGGCAGUUCGGGUAUUACAAAUAUCACAACAUGGAUGAAAUGAGGAAGAUUACUUUUUUAAUCGAAAGAUUGGCAUGAACUGUGAUUUAAUAAGUGAGAAUUCCUCUCAUUUCCAGGUAAUGUUUUGUAUUUCCUUGAUUUAAGUAUGUUGUGAUUCCUGAAACUGAUAUGAUCUGAUUAUAUGAUAAUUUGUAGGGGGAAAACUUUUGGGAAGUUUCUUCCUGUCUUCAGAGAUAAAAUGUUCAAAUUAGACAAAUUUAUAUGCACAACUAUUUACCAGUCUUUGUAUGCAUUGUUCAUUCUGAAUGGGUUUUGACUUUUAAAACAAUUUUGUGGUUUUUUACUGUUGAAAGAAUAAUGCAGUAAAGUGAGACAAGCUAAAGAAGGAAGUCAUACCUCAAGUAAGGAGACAUAAUCUCAGCAAAUAAGGACAUUGUUUAAAGAAUUGCAUGGUGAACUUUGCCAGUUGUGAGCAGUCUUCAUCUUCUGCUGAAGCCACUGCUGUUGACUGUUGCUGUAAGUUAGACAUUGGACCUACAGCAAAGGCAAAUGUGGGAAAUCAUCUGUUCCUCAGGCAGAUUUUGCCAGAGCACACUCUAGUCUUGCAUUUCUGUUCUGAGAAUGAUGGGUGUCUGUCCAGGUGGCCAGCUUUGGCAGGAUGAUAAAUCAAUGUUCUUUCUUCUCUGUCCCAGAGGAAGUGUGGAGGAGGGAAAAUGUCUUCCUUCCAGAGGAUAUUUGCCUUUGCCAUAGUGAUAGAAAAAGCUGAUGAAUAAAUCAGCCAGAAAAAAACAAUCAAAACAAAAAAAAGAAGGGUCAGAAAACUUAUGGCAAAGGAAAAAACAGUGAGAAUACUGUAUAUGUCAGGACUCUGGUUGCCAUUUAAUAAACAACCUUCUUCCUAUUUUUGUGUAAUUUACUUUAACAUCCUGUUUCUUUCUUUAUCCCAUGUGUGACUUCGGGAUUUUGAAAUGGGCUGAAACCUUAGAAAGGUUUUGUUUAUUGUGUAUUGGGAGAAGGUGGAGUCUUCUCUGCUGAAAUCCGGAAAUGUUUAAAGAGAGAUAAUUGAUGCUACUAUAAUGAAAAAUGCCAACUUCUCCUCCCAGGAGGAGAAUUGAAAGAAAUACCACAGAAAGAAAAGUUAUUUUGAUUAUAUGUAUUAGAGAUUUAUUAUUUAAUAUAUUUUGUUUGAAACAACUUUGCAUUUUGAGAUCAGUUUUGACAUGAUUUUCAAGCUGUUGUACAAGGCCAACUUCCACUCUUCAAGUAAAGAUAUGUAUUCUUGUAAUAAAAUUUGCAAAUUUUUGUGCUGUGGCAAAGACUGCCUUCUGAACUACAUCCAUGCUUUGCCCUUGAGCCCUGGGCUGAGCAGCCCAGCAUAGCAGGAGCUCUAUAAAUUAUCAUGUUCCUUGUGACUUCAGUUACACCAAUCUGUGCUUGCAAAGAAGCAAGCAAAGCAGCUCCCAGCCUUUCAGUAAUUCCAGUUUGCAAUGAUUGUAAAUGUGGUGCUUUCAGGGUUAAAAAAUCAUUUAGUAAGUCAUUACACAGCUGAAGAGGACAAGGCAAAAUCUGAUAGUGUAUCUUGAAGAUUCUCUGUUUGUGUCCCUUGGGCUUUAGACGAGGCCAGAAUGCAAACCUAAGUAAGAAGGUGAUAUGAUUAAUUUGGGAAAAUCUUACGUUUACAGGUGGGUGCCAACAGGCAGCUCUGUGGCACUUGUAGUGCAGAGUCAGCAGAGGGUGACACAGCCAAACUGUGGUAACACAACUGAGAUGGCCUGGGAGCAGUGCACUGGCAGGCAGCAACAGCUGUGGGGCAGCUCAGAACUUUGACAGAGGCUCUGUGCAAUGCUGGGAUGCUAGAAGAGCUCAGUUGAUAAAGUUCAGUGGCAUUCUAGAUUCAGAAAUGACAGAGAUUAUUUUGAAGUUGCAGGAGAAAAAGGUUUUGCAGUAGUAGUGCAAGAGGAGAGUAAAGCAGCAGAGCUGGUUUUAGAGUGGCAGAACAAAGCAGGUGAUUUCUAGUUCUAAUUGCAAUAGUGUUGGUUAAUACUAUUAAUUUCUAUUUUUCUGUGCUCUUCAGAAUAAAUUUUAAAAGGCUGUGAGCUUUAGAAAUACAUCUGUAAAUUUGUAUUUCCAAAUCUCUUAGAUAUUUCUCAAAUUUCCUUUGCUCAUAGGAUUUUUCUUGUAUUGAAUUCUGCUCCCAAACACACAGACUCAAUGCAGAGACCACUUCUGAGUCCAUGUGUAAGCAACUGUAUCACUUGUGCUUCCACCAUUCUCAAGAUUUUAUCAUUUAAUCUGCUCUUGGCCUGUGUCAGGGAUGGGAUUCUGGCUUGAAAAAAUUGACUCAUCCACUGUAGGUAUAUUCUGUCCAUCUCCAUCUCCUUGUAACAACUACACUCAUGAGCAUAUCCAAACAGAAUUUCAGUCCCAAAAGACUGGGGGGACUUCAGUCCCCAAAAAUGGAAUGGGAGUGAGAUCUCAGGUACUAGCCAGCCUCUGGACUACUUUCCAUGAUUCUUACCAAAGUUUAGAGCAAUAUUGCAUUAACUAGAAAAACAUUCUUUCUCCUGCAAAAGCACACCUUUCUAUCAAAUGCUUUGAUGUACAGUUGUGUUUCUUUUAAUAUAUGCUGGAAAAGAUAAUAAACAAAUGGUUCUAAAUGUGAGGGAAAAACAGCAAUUAUGAAAAAAUUUCCUUUUAGCAAAAGAAAUUAAAAAAUAUAACCUCUGGUCCAAAACUUGUAAUAUGUUUUAUAAUAUGUGGAAAUAAUAAAAAGAGAAUAGGAAUAUUCUCUAUGAUAUUUUUAUCUUAACUCCAUGUGCUAGCACCAUUUCUCCUUUCAUUUGAGCUACUUCAUAAGAAAAAAUUUUUCCUGAAAUAAAUGAGAUACUGAAGCAAGUCUAUUUAAUAAUGUUUUUUAGAAUUUUUGUUAAUACCUACUUCCCGUUUACCAUUUUUUUUCUGGUUUUUGUUCUUCUAUCUAUUUGCAUUAUUUGUUGUGUUUUGUGGAGCAGUUGUAAAUGAUUCCUGGUUUUUCAAGAAAGAUUUUAAGUUUUAGCAUAGAAAGAACUUAUAAUAUUUAAAAGAAAUAGUUUUAACACUCUUUCAAAUAGCCUCUUAAUAUGUGGACCCUGGAAUUUUUACAAAUGAAUUUGUGACAGAGUCUGACAUUCAUGCAUACCUUGACUAGUAAGUUUCUCAGUGAAGAACCUGUGAAAUUUAUCUCUGUGUAAAGCACUGUUACACUGGCAGAAAUGGCAGAUUUCAUUUCUCUUUAACAGCAAGAUUUUAAAGCUGCCUUGGGCUCCUUCCUGCAUAUUCAUAUGGGAAGCAUCAAGCUGCUCUCACCGUUACUGAACACUUCUGUGUGUUGUAAACCCAGAUGUGACAAUCCAGGCCACACUCGCUUUCCCUGCAGGCUCUUGACAUUCCAUGAGCUCCAGAGAUCUCUCUGAAUAAUGCUGAGGCCUUGCUUUUGAGACACAGCCAGCAAAUACAGCCAAGGUGAAACUGAAGUUCCAAUCACACAUCGACUUAGGCUUGCACAGCGUUUAACCCUCGGUCACUUUAAGGAGUUACUAUGAAAUUGUGGCAACUGAUGUCACUCCAUAAUCAUGAGAUUACCAAGAAGUCACAGACAACUUCUCAUUUGGUUUUAUGCCCUAUUUCUUCUAAUUAGAUCCUGACAGGAUUUCCAGUUAUUCACAAUGUUUCGCUUUACAGCUCUGUGCCAGAAAAGUGCUAUUUGCACUCAAGUCCCAUAGGUAACUGUGUUUGCCAGUCAAAACACUAAUGUGGUUGUCUGAGUUUUUGCUUUAAUUUUCUGUCUAAAACAGCCUUGGAAGGAUAAACUGAAUCUUAAAUGGCACAUUAUAGAAAUCCUUAUGAAAAUGGCUUAGUGCCAUAAUAUGAAAUGCAUUCAUUGAAACAUUAGAUUUUGUUAGGAAGAGUAAGAAAAUAAAGGAUCAUGGUAAGUUUAAAGGUGAUUCACAAAACCAAAGCUAACUUCAGAAGGAAUGUUGUGCAGGAUUGUUGUCUCCUUAUUUAUUCAUCUUUACAAUCAUCUGUAGCUUUAGUCUAAAUUAGUAGUAUUUAGCAACUGUAUAAUCCCUUUAAAAACUUAGAAAGCAGUUGUUUCUAUUAUUAAAAAAGGAAUAUGGUGAGCUAGUAAGAACUAGUAAAUAGUGCAGAUUAAUUUAGUAAUUGCUUUCUUCCUGGGUAGUUAUGGAGUUUUGAACAUAUACACUGCUUAAUUUUCAGAACAUAUACACUGCUUAAUUUUCAAUCUUGUGAUAAAUUUCUCUUAAUUCUUGUAAUCAUUCUGUACUAUAGACUUGACCUGAAAAUUUGUCCUCCUUUAAGUUAAAUGUGCAAAUCUUGUUGUAAUCUUUAAAUAUAAUUAUUUAUUUAUUAAUUUUCCAAUUAAUGAAUUGGAAAAAGAAAUUUAAAAUAAAUAUUCCCAUUAAUAAAUACAAUAUGCAGGAUAAAGUGAAACAAUUUUUCUUAAAUUGUAUGAGAUCCUAAAUUGUUGAUAGACUAUAUUUGCUAUGUAACAGCACAUUUUGUGAACCAUGAGCUACCGCAAGAUCCAUAUGCUGACCUUAGAGGAAGCAUGAAAAUCUCUUCAUGCCACAAAAAUUCAUAGUCAUGAAUAGUCAUGACACAAGACAGCCAAGAGUGCAAGAAAAGCAAAGUCAGCAGCUGGAUCUUGGUGCCAUAGCAGGAGAAUCAGUAUAAUAGAAUGUAAUAAUAAAUCAUUUAUAGGCUGAUGGGUUUAUAUCAAGCACUCAUUAAUAGAGAAUUCCUAGAAUGCAUUUCUGUUUAGUGUGAGAUGUUUGUACUACAUUCAUUCGAGUAAUAUUGGAGACUUGAUAUAAGAUGAUUUGCUUAAAAUCUUAAUGAAUUCACCCCCCUACAUCUUGGGAAGUUCCUGUGCCUGGAGCCUGAUGGUCUUGCAGAUCCAAGCCACCAUGCUGCUGAUAUCCUGAGUACUGAAAGGCACUACAGAGGUAAGAUCAAUCUCGAGCUCAUGAGCCUAUGAGAACUUAACUGGUUGAUACUUGAUCCACAAAAGGAUUCAAUGCUGCCUAUGAAACAUUUGUGCCUUCUUUGUCUGUUGAAAACUGUGGGUUGCACAAAAUUGUUCCCUUUCCCAUUAGGAUGUCCCAGCUUCCAAGUGAAAGCCCUGGCAGUAGGUGCCUGGUCAUCUCACUUAGUCAGUGGUUAUUUCAUUCAGCUGCAAGUGAACCAUGUAGGUUAGCCUAGAGCUGAGCUGUUGAAAGAAGGCUGCCAAUAUCCAUUCCUCAUGGUGUAGAGCUAACUGUAGUAAGAAAUUAAGUCAAACAGUGCAAAAUUUUUCCAGCCAAGAGGGUCAUUAAACCAUCUGUUACUUAUAAUUUGGUAUUCACAUACAGUUCUUGGGAAAUUUCAGGAGAGAUCCUUGGCUGAGAAGUAUCAGAAUGUUGGAAGUCAGGUAUUUCUCAUACUAAUUCAGUACAGACUUUCAUCCUGACUGAGAGCAAUUUCAAACAUGUGACACAUUUCUCAAGUUGCCUCUCUUAUCACUAGAGUGUAACAUGGUCUGUGAUAAAGGUGACACAACUAUGAAAGUCAUUCUUGCUCAGUUGUCUGUAUCAGAAUACAAGGGCUGGGGCUUUGAUGCCUAGCCAAGUAAUUGUCUAGGAAGGGGAAAUAAAUUCCAGUAACUCUCAUCUUUCUUACCCUUGCCUGUUGAGAAAAAUUCAGCUGCUUAUGGUUUUUGUCACUUAGCCACUCCUACUUUGCUAUAUUCAUUUUGUGGAAGUGUUAAUAACAAACAAAGCAGUUAAGAUGAUACCUAACUGUUUGGGGGGGAAAAAGGAAAGAGAUAAAUAGUCCAAGUGACAAAACAUUAUGUUUUUUAUUUAGGAUAGAGCACAUUCCAGAGACAAAAGCAAGGUGCCUGUCCCUUAAUAGAGUUGCAGCUAGUUUCAAGCAUUACUUGAUUUAUCAGUAUGUGUACAGACACACAAACAUACAUAUUUUGCUAGUACAAAAUGCUUUCUCUUCAAUACUUGUCAUUUUGGCUUGAUGGAAGUGAAAAUUGGUUCAUUCCCAGUUGCUUCUAUUUGGAAGGUCAGUUUCUUCAGGACUUCCAGUCCACUUCCAGGGAGGGGAAGGUAACAAAAUCUAGGUAAAAGAAAGAUUUAAUUUGUGUGUAUCUUAAAAAAAUAAACUGAGGAAUUUCUGUAUUUCUUACCUAUAUGGAAGAUUUAAAAAUUAUGAAUCUUGAAUCCUGCAAAGUUAAGUAAUUUGAUUACUUUCUGACAUCUGUGUAAUAUUUCUACCUGUUAGUGAGCCAGCCCACUGUGGGACAACAAAGAUAACAUUUCUAUAACACAAGGCAGCACCCAGCCGAGUACAGUAUUUCAGAAUAUGAACCAUUGUAAGAGAAGAAAAAAGAAUAUAUUCUGGAAGAUAAGUUGAAGGAUAGUCCAUUAGUAGCAGUGCAGUUUUCAGUAGCCUGUGUAGGAGAAUCAAAGUUCUGCAUUUCUUGCAGGUGAGAUGGUCUGUUAUGGAUCUUGCUUUCAUCAUUCCCCUUUUUCUUUCUUGGUCCAUAGGGACAUCCAUGUACCUCAUGACUGCAGAGCAGGAAGGAUGUGGCAAACAGGCAAGGGACUGAUGAACAAGGGUUUUGCAGAGCUGCUGCUGUUGUUUGCAGGAUCAGAUCUGAAACAGAUUUUUUGAAAUGCAGUAGGCACUGUAUUUGCAAGCGUUACUAUUUAUUUUCCUGGGCUGUCACAAAAGCAGCAGAGGGCGCUGAGCCAACGGACACCGCCUGAUAUGGGUCUCUUCCUCCUUGCUCUGGAUUUUCCCGUCCAGGGAUUUCCCACUCUGCACCAAGGAGAGCCUUUAUAAAGAGCAAGCUGGAGCACUUGGAAUAAACUGUGGCAGAGCAGCAAGAUCUCACAGUGCUUCUUCACAGAAAAUAGAAAGUAAACUUUUGAAUUUACUUUCUUUAUCUAGUAACAGCAAUUAUAAAUGUUUAAAGAGAUGGGAAGAACAAGCCAGGCUGUGCUAGUAAUUUUUUGUGUGUUAAGAACUGUUAAAGCUUUUGAAAUGGAAAUUAUACCUGCUGAGAGAAUUGUGGCACAGAUUGGAGGCACACUCGUACUCACAUGCAAUACUACUGGCUGUGCAUCACCAAGUUUUUCCUGGAGAACACAGAUGGACAGCCCCCUUGGAGGAAAAGUCAGCAGCCACGGGACAUAUUCUACAUUGACUAUGAAUCCAGUUAGCAUUGUGAAUUCUCAUUCUUAUCUUUGUACUGUCAUAUGUGAUGAGGGAGGGAAAAAGGAGAAGAGUGUCAAAGUUGAACUUUACUCUUUCCCCAGUGAUCCUAUCAUUGAGAUCAGCCCAUCCUUAGUUGCUGGAAAACCAGCCACUGUCACCUGUAAAAUUCCUGAUGUGUAUCCUUCUGAUCACCUGGAAGUUCUCCUAAAGAAAGAUGAACAUGUUCUUCAUGAGAAAUAUUUUUUGGAAGAUGACAGCACAAAUACAGAGACCAAAAUUGUGACAUAUACAUUUCAUCCCACGGCUGAAGAUGCUGGGAAAGAGAUUACCUGUGUGGCCAGGUUACCAAUUGCUGAUAUGGAUUUUGAACCCAAAGAAAGAACAUCUUCUCAGAAACUUAAUGCAAAUUUUGGUCCACAAAAUACUGUCAUUACUGCAUCUCCAGACAACUCACCAAUGGAAGGAGACUCUCUGAACCUCACUUGUGUGACUCAGAGUAAUCCACAAGCACAAAUAGUUUGGAGUAAAUAUUUGGCUGAAGAAAGCAUUCAGCAUCUGAUAAAAAACAAUGUUCUUUCUAUUCCCCGUGUCCAUUUCAACGAUUCAGGACGGUACAUCUGUGAAGUAAUUAAUCUGGUAACUAACAAAACAGAGAAAGCAACUGUGGACAUUAUUAUACAAGGUGCUCCAGUCAUUACAAAACUGUCAAUUGAACCUUCUGCAACAGUUCAGGAAGGAGAAAAUGUUUCUAUACAAUGUUCUGCUGAAAGUAACCCUCCUCCCAAGAUUAUUUUAAGGAGAAAAUUUGAUAAUGCAAACGCAGGGCGUUACAGUGCCAGGAGUAUUCUUCUUCCAUCUGUGAUGUUCCAAAAUGGAGGAGACUAUGAAUGUGUAGCACAAAAUAAGUAUGGGAACAGUAAAAGUGAAAUCACACUUAAUGUGAAAUAUGGACCAAAGAAUACAAUGAUCACUGUUUUCCCUACUGCUGCUCUUAAAGAAGGAGAAACUGUAACAAUGAAAUGUACUAGUUCUGGUAAUCCAGCUCCUGUGAUCUCCUGGAAGAAAAAGAAGGCCACCGGGGAGUCUGAGAAAAUUUCAGAAAAUGCAACUAUAACUAUACGGAACUUGAAAAGCCAAGAUCUGGGGCUUUAUGAAUGUGAAGCCUAUAAUCAAUUUGGCAAGGAAGAAAAAGCUGUGAAGUUAUAUGUUCAAGCAAGAUUGGAAGAACCAGAUCAGAUGAUACCACUGAUUAUUGCAUUCUCAUCUGUAGCAGCAGUAGCAGUACCUGCAGUUGCAAUUUUGAUCUACGUGUCAAGACAAGCAAAAAUCAAUGGAUCCUACAGUCUUGUAAAAGCACUCAGGUUGAAAGUUUGAUCAAUAUAAGUCUUUAGUUGAUAAUAAGCACAUUUAUUUAUUGCUGUGACUGGUUCUACUCUUCUGUAACAUGGUAACAAACAAGUGACUUAAGAACAGUACCAUGUGAUAGCAAAUGGGCUUAUUUUCAUGUUUUGAUAAGUGUUUUGCUAUUUAAAUUAAAGGAAGAGCUAGAAUCCUGACCUAGAAAUUGGUAAAUCAUUCAUCUGUGUUGAAGCAUUCUGAACAAAGAGUUCUGUGAAGAACUAGGUUUGUACAUAGUUGUAUAAUUUGUGUUAUAAAUAUGUUCAACUAAAUAUCAGUUUGUAAAACUGAAGUCUUAUUGCAACUGUACAGAGAAAUUUUGUUAAUUCAAAUAUAUACAUCAAUAUUGCUUGAGCUGAUCAGGUGAUUUUUAUUUUGUAUUACUCUGCAGCAUGAAUGUUUUUUAAUAUAAUUUAUCUGGUUGUGGUAAUUUUUGGAAAAUGUUCUCUUUUCACUGAUAUUGCCAUAAACUCUGUACCUUCAGUGAAGUUACAUAAUCACUGGGCUAUGCAUUUCUAACAAAUUUAAACUAAUUUAAGCCUUUGAGGCUCAUUUGCAAAACUUUUUAUUGUAAAUAUUAUUCAAAAAAUGUCUGGGGUUAUAAUCCUGUAAGUUCUAGUACUGCUAAGGUAUUCUUGCUGGCUUCAAUCAUUCUCAGAUCAAUGUCAGAUUUCCGUUAUUUUGUGAUGAGCCAGAUCAGACUUUCUUGUAAAAUAUAAUGGCAUUGUAAAUAUGCUUUACAGAUUUCCACUGCAAAAUAAAACUACCAGUAGAUUUCUUUGACUAAA